AUGGCUCGUCAAUUCUUCGUCGGAGGUAACUUCAAAAUGAACGGAUCUAAGGAGUCCCUUUCCGCCAUUGUCGACAACUUGAACAAGGCUGACUUGCCUCAAAACGUCGAGGUGGUUAUUGCUCCUCCAGCCCCAUACCUUUCUCUUGUUGUUGAGGCCAACAAGCAAAAAACCGUCGAGGUUUCUGCCCAGAAUGUUUUCGCCAAGGCCUCUGGCGCCUAUACGGGUGAAAUUUCUCCUCAGCAAUUGAAGGACUUGGGUGCCAACUGGACCUUGACCGGCCACUCUGAGAGAAGAACCAUUAUCAAGGAGUCUGACGAGUUCAUUGCCGAAAAGACCAAGUUUGCUUUGGAGUCUGGAGUCAGUGUCAUUUUGUGUAUUGGUGAGACCUUGGAGGAGAAGAAGGCUGGUGUCACGCUUGACGUCUGUGCCAGACAAUUGGAUGCUGUGUCGAAGAUUGUUUCCGACUGGUCCAACAUCGUUCUUGCCUACGAGCCAGUCUGGGCGAUCGGCACCGGUUUGGCUGCCACCCCACAGGACGCUCAGGACAUUCACAAGGAGAUCAGAGCUCAUUUGGCCAAGACCAUUGGUGCUGAACAGGCUGAGGCAGUCAGAAUCUUGUACGGUGGUUCCGUCAACGGCAAGAACGCCACUGAAUUCAAGGACAAGGCUGACGUCGACGGCUUCUUGGUGGGAGGUGCUUCUUUGAAGCCGGAGUUUGUCGACAUCAUCAAGUCUAGAUUGUAA